GAGAACGGAAGCGGAAAUUCGGCCAUCUCCUCGUACACUCUGGCUUCAACAGGUUUCCAUCGUCCACCGUCUUUGGUUCUCAGACCAAAUGUUGCCACGGGAAGAAAAAGAUAAACCGAGACAAAACACUCCAUGAAUGAGUGGUGGACGAGGUUAAGAAACAGAGGUUUACCAAGAGGAACACCCUUUCUUUCAUACUUGAGUAACAGAUAUUGAUCCAGAAGUCUGCGGCUAGAAAGUUGCCAUGUCGACCUCUUCGCUGCGGCGACAAGUAAAGAACAUCGUCCACAACUAUUCAGAGGCUGAAAUCAAGGUUAGAGAGGCAACAUCCAAUGACCCAUGGGGCCCCAGCAGCUCUCUCAUGUCAGAGAUAGCAGAUCUGACCUACAAUGUUGUGGCUUUCUCAGAAAUCAUGAGCAUGGUUUGGAAACGACUGAACGACCAUGGAAAGAACUGGAGACAUGUGUACAAGGCUAUGACUCUUAUGGAGUAUCUGAUCAAGACGGGUUCAGAGCGUGUCGCCCAGCAGUGUCGAGAAAACAUUUAUGCAGUCCAGACCCUGAAGGAUUUCCAGUACAUAGACCGGGACGGCAAAGACCAGGGUCUGAAUGUAAGGGAGAAGGCUAAACAGCUGGUGACCUUGUUAAAAGAUGAAGAAAAACUCAGAGAAGAGAGGAUCCAUGCCCUUAAAACCAAAGAGAAAAUGGCACAGACCACCAGUGCUGUCUGUGCUGCAGCCUCCUCAGCCCCCUCAGCACCCAGCCUAGGGGGCAGCAUAUCUAUGGGCUCGCAUUCUGGAGAUCCUGACCAGGCAUGGCCUCAAAGCACUGGAGAGGAAGACCUGCAGCUUCAGUUGGCGUUGGCCAUGAGUAAAGAAGAGGCAGAGCAGGAGGAGAGGCUUCGGAGAGGUGAUGACCUGAGACUGCAGAUGGCCAUAGAGGAGAGCAAGAGGGAGAAACCAAAACCAGAAGAGGGUUCUCUAAUGGAGCUGAGUGCAGUGGACCCCUGGGGAGCUCCAGCUAAUGCCACUGUGAGCUCUGCUGGCCCUUCACCGCCUCUCACACUUUCCGGCCCCUCAGCCUCUGGUCCAUGGGGUGCAGCUCCCACAGAUCCAUGGGGAGUAGCUUCACCCACAUCCCCUACAAGCACUGACCCCUGGGGUGGAGGAGCCGCACCCUCUAUAGCUCCACCUCCUGACCCCUGGGGGGAGUCGUCCCAUAAAGUUAACAACGUCGACCCCUGGGGAAACUCAGCUGUGACCCCACCCAGUGCCGACCCCUGGGGCUCCCCUGUGCCACCCAGCACGUCCUCCUCCGGGGGACCGGUGGACCCCUGGGCAAGGGAUGGGCCUGCCUCUGACCCUAUCACCUCUGACAUCUGGAGUGGCACCGCCAAACACACUAAUGGCACAGGGGAUCCGGAGAGAAGAGGCUCUUCAACAACAGGAUGCGACGGCACAGGCUCUCCGGUUCCCUUUGACUUGUCGUCACUCGGCUCUUCACUUCCUGUUCGUAAGACUCCAGAGUCCUUCCUCGGCCCCAACGCAGCGCUCGUCGAUCUGGAUUCCUUGGUGUCGUCUAAACCCAAACCGAAACAGCCGCCGCCUCCUUCCAUCUCGUCGUCUUCAUCAAACAACCCCUUUCUUCAGAACACAGGCUCGUCUCCUGCACCUGGCAUGGCAGUGACCCCAGGCAGCACUAUUUCCAGCAGGGGAGUUUCACCAACACCAGUCUCUUCAAACCCCUUCGGUGUGGCCCCACCCAUGACCUCCAUCUCCCCCCAGCCCUCGUCUUUAGGCCUGAGCAGCCUGCGUACUAGUCCUGUGCCUCCCAAUCCUAUGCUGGGCAUGGUCCAACCAGGAAUGGGCCUGGGGCCAAUGAGUGUAGGGAUGGGGGCUCCUGGAAUGGGGCUGGGCAUGAUGCAGGCCAGCCCGAUGGGUAUGCCCUUCAGCGGGCUCUCUCCAAUGGGACCCCCGGUCCCUACUCUUCUGGGAUCCGGAGCUAUGCCACCCCCUCAGCAGAUUUUGGGGGGGCCCACAGGAGCAGGGGGAAUGAUGGGAGCAGGAGGAUCUAUUGGAGGUGGAGGGACGACGGGAGCGAGCACCAACCCGUUCCUGCUUUGAGAAAGCGUCACCACUAUUUUGCUCACCUUUCUGCCUCAGCUGUCGGACCUGCUUCCCCCUUUCAUUCACCACCCUCCCCCACUCCUCAACACUUUGUGUCCAAAAAGAAAAAUGUCUACCUUAAAAAGAACAAAAAUCUAGAUUAAUUUUCCUUCAAACCUGUCAUUUCAUUUCAAAUCAACUUUCCACUUUUUUGUUCUUUUCAUUUCAAAUGUUUGUUAAAUUGAUAUAUUUAUUUUCAGUCUGCUUCUGUUCUGCAUUUCCUGUUUCUGUCCAGUCCUGUGUAGAGAUGGCGAGAGCAGCGUCACUCUCUACUCCUCAUACUAUUGCACACGAGGGGGGGGUUGAAGGAAGAGGCCACACAGCAACUAACGAACUGUACAGAAAAACUGUCGUACUCGGCCCUUCCUCUUCCCUCUGCUUCUAGAACGAAGACAAACACUGAAUCACUGAAUCAGAACAAGUGCAUAAAGUAUGAUUUUCUCUUUUUUUUUUUUUUAAGGAACUCCCAGCCUGAUUCACAGACUGAAAAUCCUGCAUUAACAUUUCGGUCACAAUGUGGUCAAACCGUUUCAACAAGUUCACUUUUAAUUUAAUGUCGAGUGUAAUUUAUUUUAUUUUUUUCCAAUAGCUGGGAACAAAUAAACAAGGAAGCUCAUGCAAUGAUACCAUCUAAAUCAGAUGCUUAUUUUUUUUUCCCCUACUGUUGUAGAAAACUUUUUAAAGAAAAAAAAAAAAGAAAGCUCUGACAUUUGUUGGUCGUUUAGCAGGAACAAAAAAAAAACAAACUGUUGAAUGUGUGCGUUUGCGGCUUUGUGCGAAUGAGAACGCAGAUGCGUAUUUAUCAGCGUGCAGACGCCUGGUUGUGUUUGUUUCAGUACUUAGUCCUUUUUCUCCUUGUGUCCGAUCUCAUUUCAGGGACUCGAUGUAAAAAAAAAAAAAAAGAAACAUUUCUUAAAUUAUCACCAGUGAUGAUAUGUAAGGUUGGAUUUUAAAUGAGGUGUUUUAUGGGUCAUGUGAUUUCUUUCUGCCAAUCUUUCUUGUUGAUCACCUAUUUCAUCUGAGAUACCUGGAAUUCAGGGGUCUCAAAGCAAACACUGUCCUCAUGUUUCACACCCAAUCUUAUUUUUUUUCUUUGUAAAGAGAUCAGC